ACCAGUUCGGUGGUUCACCGGAAGUGGACGGGGCUAGCCGGAAGUGAGCGCAAGGCUGCAGCGCGGAGAUGAAGCCAGCGGUGGAUGAGAUGUUUCCCGAAGGCGCGGGGCCCUACGUGGACCUGGACGAGGCUGGAGGGAGCACCGGGCUCCUGAUGGACUUGGCAGCCAAUGAAAAGGCCGUUCAUGCGGACUUUUUUAAUGAUUUUGAAGAUCUCUUUGAUGAUGAUGAUGUCCAGUGAGGCCGUCCAGUUGUAUUUGCUCCACGUGUCUUGAAUUUCUCAGGACAGGAUCAGAUGGUUGAGGAGACCUUGCAGAGAUCACUAGAAGUCAGGACCUGGUCAAUCACAGGAGGACUGUCUGAACCAACUGGGUGCUGUGGUCUCUGAGAAUACUAGCCCCUUGUCCUUGUUUAAAUUAAAACAGCACCAUAACAUGCA